AGUGGCAGUUACAUUUUCGCCAUUGAACAGCAAGGAUAACGUCCAGGAACCGGAAUCAGCCAAAGGAUUAGAAGAAACAAAAGGAUUAUACGUGGAAUAUUAACAGACAUACGAAAUGGUUAACGUGCAAGCGAGUUUUUUCGUGGCAAUUUGUUUGUGUCUCAGCAUCUGCGCAUCUAUGCCAUCCUACGACGAUGGCAUUGUGGAUGUAGAUAAUGAACCUUUCAUACGACAGCUAGCUGAGUUGCUGGCUGAAUCUGAUACAAACGAACUCAGUGAAAUUUACAGCUUGCCUGCUUGCCGUGUGUGCUUCUAUCAUCUUCACAAUCCAUAUGUAAACGUAGUAUCGAACAAGCGAUAUGGAAAGCGAAACUCAGAACUCAUCAAUUCCUUGCUGAGUUUACCGAAGAAGUUGAACGAUGCAGGAAAGUAAGGAAGCGAGAUCGAGACUGCUGUUAUGCCACUUAUGCUUCGUGCCAUCUAAUAUUAUGUAGAAGAUGAAAUCAAUCAGCACUACAUGCAAUAUGUCCUAACCACACCAACAGCGAAUGCCACUGAAAUAUUUUUCGUUCAUACGUUUGCUUCUAGAAGAAUAUCAAGAACAGAACAAUAUACGAGCAAAUCCAUAUUGAUGCUACAAAUAAUGAAAAAAUAAAGAAACGAUCAUAUUAUGUUCGAAUGUAAAAAGUGAUUCUUACUUUGACUAAGUUGUUACUUAAUGUUGCAUCUAAUGACUGUAAACGGAAAUAAAUUGAAAUUAAGUUUAUAAAAAUAA